CGCGAGAAGCGGGAGCUGAGCCGCGCGGAGCGGGCGCGCCACGAGGCGCUGCUGCGGGGCCGAGCCCGGCAGCAGCAGCAGGAGCGGGAGGGCCUGCGGAGCUCCCUGGAGGCCAGCUUGGGCCGCGCGCAGGAGAACUACGAGCAGUUGGUGGAGCAGCGCACCCGCGAGCUGCGGGAGCGAGCCCGGCGGGAGGAGCUGCAGGGUCGGCGGGCCAAAGCGGCCGUGGAGCGCAAAGAGCGGGAGCAUCAGGCGCACUUGGAGGCGCUGGCGCGGGCUGGGGAGCGGCGGCUGCAGCACGCGGCGCAGGUGGCCGAAGAGGCCGUGCAGCAGAAGGCCCGGCGCGUGGGCCAGACCCGGCUGGAGAAGGAGCGGGCCCAGCGCGCCAACAAGGAGAAGGUGGAGAGGGACGAAGACUGCCGUCGCAGGGAGCUGCUGCAGGCCAUCGGGCGCAAGCUGGAGCGCAGCGAGCAGCUGUCGCGGGAACGGCGGAGCGCGCUGGAGAGCGCUCGCUCCACGGCCCGGGCCUCCUUCCACGUCCGAGAGAAGGUGCGAGAGGAGACCAACACGCGCUCCUUUGACCGCAUGGUGCGCGAGGCCCAGCUGCACGCCAGCCUCGACCGAAAAUGACUGCGCCCCGGACCUCCAGACAUGGCACACAGCCCAGUGAGGCCUCCCCGGCCACUUUGACCAAACAGGGGCAUUCCCCAGUCCACGUGCAGCACCGUGGACUCCUUAGGCUCCUGACCGCUGAGACAGUGAGAGGACACACAUGUAGGACUUUUCAGUCGGCCCCUUUUGUUUUUAAAAACUUACUUCAUUUGGAGAUGACAUGGCACAAUCUUGGCCCACAUCCAACCUUGCCAAACCUCCCUAUGUGUGUUUUGGGUUGGAGUGGAGAGUGGCUAGGGGAAGAGGUUCCCCUUGGUGAGAGCUUCACCCCAGAUAUUCUUCUGAUAUUGGUGUUUGGGAGGACUUUUGGCUGCAGCAGCUGAGGGGUGUCCUUGGGCUCACCUCCGUCUUUCGAAGUACAGCAGUUGCGCAAAGUUUGGAGGCCUUCCAGGAAAGCACAGCUCUUCCAAAGUGUCCGGCCGCCGAGGGGCUGGGGAUUUAGCUCAGCGGCCAAGCGCCUGCCUGGCAAGCGCAAGGUCGUGAGUU